ACAAACCACUUCUUAGAGAGACACUCAACACCAAAAUAGGAAUUAUAUUGCCUCGCGAAUUUGAAUAAUGCUGAGGUCAUUGUCGGAUGUGAUAAGGAGAGGUUGUUUGUAAACGGCGCUUCGUCACUGUUCUAAUCAGCUGAAUCAAAUUGAGCUGUUUUGCAUCACAAAGGAUACGAAACUAAUCGUGACAAUAAGGGAAUAACUAAUGCAUACAAAGACAGAUAAGUUGGAAGGAGAAGAUAUUCACAAACGACUUGUUCAAGGCUAAAAAAACAUUAAGAGAUCAGUCUUGCGUUACAAUAUCAUUGAAUUAACAGAAACUCGAUUUAAUCGGUCAUCGUUCAACAAUUGAACUGUGCUUGUUACUUGGAGAGGGUCGCUGGGUUCUGGAACGAUUUGAGAAUUUGCAUAGAAUUUCACGAGGUCAAGAUCAUACUAUGCCAUCCGCAGAGCCUGAAACAGUGACGAGAGCAAAAGCUGGAGCAGAACCUUGGCCAGAGAUGUCUGCUCCUCCAAACCCAGAACCUCUUCCCGACUGGGAUCUUGCGCUGAGAGAUUGGAAAUAUCUUUGGGAACUUCACUACAUCGGUUUUGGAGUCCUGUUCUUCGGCGUGGCAGUGUUCUCUUGUAUUUGUGUCGUGAAAAUCAAACACAGAGCUAGAGGCAUGACGUUGGCGAAUUACUUUCUUGCUGUCUGUCUGAUGUUAAUGACGUUUAGUGUCUCAAGAACACUGUACCUGUUCCUCGAUCCUUACGAAUCGCACACGGUCUUGGAUCUUCCAGUGUUGUUGAGCAGAAUCAUCUUUGCCAUUGGAUAUCCUUGCUUAACAUCAGCCUUAUCACUGAUUCACUUCGCCUUCCUCGAAGUAAACAAACUUCGACUGAUCUCACGGCGUCUUCAAAAUGUCAAGUUUCUGGUGUCGGUGAUAGCGUCGCAUUUUGUGAUCGUGUUAGUUGUGUAUUUGGUCAUAACACUGGCACCGAAGCUCGCUCGUUUGCUUAUUUUAUGCCAAACGGUGUUAAUUUCCUGGUGGUUCAUUCUGGCAGCGUGCUUCUUGUACAGUGGUUGGAAAGUAAACUGGGAAUCGCAAAUCACAGCCAAGUUCUUCAGCUCUACAGUGGUGAAGGAUCGAACCGCUUCAACGCUUUCUUCUGCCUCGCUCGACCCGCAGAGCUACAGUGUCACGGUCGAGCAGGCAAAAACUUUGAGCGGUGAUCAAAACAAACCUUCGAAAGGAGCGCAAAAAAUUGCUCGAAUUUCUGGCUUUGUCUCGCUUCUUGCAUUGCUAAACUUCGGAGCAGAACUUUAUUCACUGUUCUCGUUGUACAAACUGUAUGAUUUCGAAGGAGAGAAUGUUGUGGAUCACUGGCCAUGGUGGGGUUAUCAGACAGUGAGUCGAAUUUUAGAUUUUUUUCUAUGUUUGGUAAUAGCCUACGUUAUUUUCCCUUCCACUCAAAUUGAGAAAACGCAAAAACAUUCCGCCUCUUACGGAGUGGACAGUCAUACGAUGCGUGUGAACAAGAACGUGGCAAAAACGGCUGACGGAAUAGACGCAGUAUGAUGUGCAAAAAUUGAAAGGAAACGAGAAAGGAACGAUUCGCUCGCGUGAUUGCAACCACGACUCGAAUGUCGGAAAACAUCAAAACUUCGCAAAGAAGAUUUCAUUCAAAAGAAGAUCCGUUGAUUAAGUGUACGUGCAAAAAAUGGAACAAAACAGAGAUUAACAGUGGUUCACGUCACCAGAAACAUGACCCGGAAAUCGGAGAACACAAGAAAUACGUGAGUUACACCGGUUGUGUAUCCGUUUGCAAAACUUAACGGUGCACAAUCAUACAGAAGAACCUUAAUAACAGCGAACUCUACAAAAUGAAAGCGUUUCGCCGAAUCAAGAAGUUAAAAGUUACGUGUUUUUAACAAUUAUUCAAGAUAGGUUUUCCUCUUGCGUAAUGAGUUCUUCAAACAUGUUACAUCGAGCUGACUGAUGAAUAUGUCAACGAAACAAAACAUUUUAAGUUUUACCUUUUAAGAGAAAGCUAUCAUUUUUCAAGGGUUACAAUUGUCACGAAAGAUCCAAGCACUUCGCGGCUUGCUUUGCAAGUUCAAUGUUGAUGUAAAAGUCUUGUAGAUUAACAUGCAUGUUAAUUAAUUGUAAGUUCUCUAAGUCACUUCUAAAUACAGCAAAAGAGCUCGGUUCAGUUUUAAAAAACAGUGGAUUGAAAGAAGAGAAAAACUGCAAAAGUUUCCACAGGUAAAAUGGAGAUAAGUAAAAAUUCAUGUAAGGAUUGUGAAGUUACUACACAAAUUCAAUAAAUUCUUCACGUUUUAUUUCUCAAACAAUUUCUGAAUGCUAUGCAUAAUUUCUGUCAUUAACUUCGUCAUUAAGUUAAUAAAUAAGCCAGCAAUUUGGCAAAUGCUGGAAAAUAGUAUCUUUGCUGGUAAUAAAGGGGAAUU